UGGGUGGAGGGGGGCGGGGAAAGUGAGGAGGAAGAGGAGGAGGUGCGGUCCCACAAUACCCGGCGGGAGGGCGGGUAGGCGGUUUGGAUCCGCGCUGUGAGGUGCUCGGAGCCGCGGCGGACCUUGCUGCCUCUGUCUCUUUAACGCGAGAGGAAGCGAUGCAGAGGGGUGGAAAAUGGCAGAGCUGCAGAUGUUACUAGAGGAGGAGAUCCCGUCUGGCAAGAGGGCGCUGAUAGAGAGUUACCAGAACCUGACCCGGGUGGCGGACUACUGCGAGAACAACUACAUACAGGCUACGGACAAGAGAAAAGCUUUAGAAGAGACUAAAGCAUACACAACCCAAUCUCUAGCUAGUGUUGCUUAUCAGAUAAAUGCACUGGCUAACAAUGUACUCCAAUUGCUGGACAUCCAAGCUUCUCAGCUUCGGAGAAUGGAGUCGUCCAUCAAUCAUAUCUCACAGACUGUGGAUAUUCAUAAAGAGAAGGUGGCUCGAAGAGAAAUAGGUAUUUUGACAACAAAUAAGAACACAUCAAGAACUCACAAAAUAAUAGCACCUGCAAAUAUGGAGCGCCCUGUAAGGUAUAUUCGGAAACCUAUUGACUACACAGUUCUGGAUGAUGUAGGCCAUGGUGUCAAGUGGCUAAAAGCCAAGCAUGGAAAUAACCAGCCUGCAAGAACUGGCACACUGUCGAGAACAAAUCCUCCUACUCAGAAACCACCAAGCCCUCCCAUGUCAGGCCGGGGAACACUGGGGCGGAAUACUCCUUAUAAAACCUUGGAGCCUGUUAAACCCCCAACAGUUCCUAAUGAUUACAUGACCAGUCCUGCAAGGCUUGGAAGUCAGCACAGUCCAGGCAGGACAGCAUCUUUAAAUCAGAGACCAAGGACACACAGUGGAAGUAGUGGAGGAAGUGGGAGUCGAGAGAACAGUGGAAGCAGUAGCAUUGGCAUUCCUAUUGCUGUGCCCACACCUUCCCCGCCCACUGUGGGACCAGAAAACAUUUCUGUCCCUCCUCCUUCUGGAGCUCCACCAGCAGCACCUCUGCCACCGCUCCUCCCAGUGAGCACUGUGAUAGCCCCGGGCUCAGCUCCUGGUUCCCAGUAUGGCACAAUGACCAGGCAGAUUUCUCGACACAACUCUACCACUUCUUCGACAUCUUCUGGUGGAUACAGACGAACUCCCUCUGUGACUGCUCAAUUUUCUGCUCAGCCUCAUGUUAAUGGAGGUCCACUGUAUUCUCAAAAUUCAAUUUCUAUUGCUCCACCCCCUCCCCCUAUGCCUCAAUUGACUCCACAGAUACCUCUCACAGGCUUCGUGGCCAGGGUGCAGGAAAACAUUGCUGAUAGUCCAACUCCACCACCACCACCUCCACCAGAUGACAUACCCAUAUUUGAUGACUCUCCACCUCCACCGCCCCCUCCCCCAGUGGACUAUGAAGAUGAGGAAGCUGCAGUAGUUCAGUAUAAUGAUCCAUAUGCAGAUGGGGAUCCUGCCUGGGCCCCCAAGAAUUAUAUUGAGAAAGUUGUUGCAAUAUAUGAUUAUACAAAAGACAAGGAUGAUGAGCUGUCAUUUAUGGAGGGUGCAAUCAUUUAUGUGAUAAAGAAGAACGAUGAUGGCUGGUAUGAAGGAGUCUGCAAUCGAGUGACUGGUCUCUUCCCUGGGAACUAUGUUGAAUCAAUCAUGCACUAUACUGAUUAAUUUUUUAUUUUUUUGCUUUUGAAGUAGAUUAUUACUCAGUCAUACUGUGGGACUAUUAUGGUUAACAGAACUGUCUUACUGUUUCAAAAUGUGCCCAUAUUUUCAGGACAUGCUGUCUAUUGGUAUAUUUGAAUGUCUACCUGUAAGCAUAAAUCUUUGUGGCAGUUUGUAUUUUGCUAAACAGCAAUUUGUACAACGGGCUGCCCAUAAAUGAUUAUGCUUAUAUACUUACACAUUGUUAACUUGAUGACCAGCCUAAAUAUUCUGGGGAAGUGGGGUAUAUUUAACAAAUCAUGAUACAGAUUGUACCAUUACAUGUUUCAGUGCAGCAUGGUUACUAAUGCUAUGUCAGACUAAUAUUAAAAUCAGAAAACUUAAAUGCUGGUGCUGGUCAUACUUUUUGUUUAGAUUCUCUCAUUUUUAAAAACUGUUGAAAGCAUGCAUAAAAAUUUAUGUAUUGAAAUAUACUUAAAAAAUUCCAAGAUGCUUCCAGUUUGUGUACUACUUCCUGGAGUACUCAGACUAGGUGAGUCACUAAAGUCUUCAUGUGAAACAAGCAAAAUUAUCUGUAAUGUUGUAAUUUGUAACUAAGUUUCUUAAUGAGUGAAUUUGCAUUACAAAUUUUUCCAUUCAUAAAGACAUAAGUGAGCCAAACGUUUUUGUCCUUUCCUUCACUGAUUUCCUUUUAAAAAUACAAAAACUGACUUAUUGAAAAAUUAUGGUUCUAUUUUCUCAAUAUAUUAACUUGGAAAAAAAUUUUAGCCUUAUCUCAGUGUGUCCCAAUAGCAAUGUGAUGGAUUUUUGCAGAUUUAAAAUCUGAGAUGAUUAUUUACAAGUCAAUCUACUGAAUUCCUUUUUUAAAGUAACUUUUGAAGCUAAGAAAAUGUUUCAAAGUAUACACAUCAUUCCGUAGGUAAAAUUCUUAAGGAAUGCCAUGGUAGUCCUUAGGUUUUACAGUGGACUGUUGUACACUGGUUCAAUAAAAGGAACUCAUAAGCAUUUUUUACAUAUUGUAAAAGUGGAUGCAAUUAAUUUGUGAAUAGGCAUUAUUUAAUCCAUUGCCUGGCACUAGCAAUGUAAGAUUUUAAAAUAUUUGGGAAAGAUGAGUCAUAUGUUAAUCAGUGAACAGCGAUAUACUUCCUUAACCAACAGAUCCGUAUUGUCUUUUGACAUCAUUGAAAUGCAACACAUGCACUUUGUGUGUCUCCUUUUAAUUUAAGGGAGGGUUAGCAGAUGUUUUCUUCUCGUUUUAUCUUAUGUAUAAUUCUUUAUUGCCUAGGAUACUAAAGUAGAGCAUUCCAGCGUGGAUUUCUGUGUAUUGAGGAUUUAUUUGGAUUUCAUAUUUCAGUUAUGUACUGGGCCUUACAGACUUAAAACAGCAUAGUGAAUGGUGAGACUAGUGCAAAACGUUUAUUUCUGAAAAUUAAAGACCAUUAUUGCCACCAAAUCAAUGUGACUAUUUCAUAUGCAUUUUGCAUUUAAUUUUUAAACAAAGUAUCAUUAGUGAUCAGUGAUCUUUUACUUCCCUUUUUCAAGUUGAAUGUUCUCUUAAUUUGUAUAUAAUCUGUUGUCUAAAUUCUAUGUAUAACCUUUUAUAAUAAAUCAUUCUCCUAUGUGAAA